AUGAUGGCUGGUACUAGUAGCGAGAAGAAAGCAAUGGAGGUGUGUAAGGGUAUGAAUGACCUCGACAAAGUUGUUCUUAGGGAGGUUAACGGCAGCUCCGCCGAGGUGUAUCUCUAUGGGGGCCAUGUAACUUCAUGGAAGAAUGUUCAUGGAGAAGAAUUGCUCUUUCUGAGUAGUAAGGCCACUUUCAACCCUCCACACCCAAUUCGUGGAGGUAUCGCUAUAUGCUUUCCUCAGUUGGCAGAGCAUGGACCUCUUAAGAAACUACAUGGAUUUGCUAGAAACAGUUUUUGGAGCAUUGACGAGAAACCUCUCCUAGAAGCACCGGAAAACUCUAAAGCAUUUGUUGACUUGAUACUGAAGCCCUCUGAAAACGACUUGAAUAUCUGGCCUCACAGGUUUGAAUUCCGAUUGAGGUUAACAUUGAAAUCUGGAGGAGAAUCAGGACAUCUUAUACUAAUAUCUCAAAUAGGAAACCUCAACACUGCUGGAAAGUCCUUCGACUUUACAUUUGGGUAUCACACCUAUCUCCCUGUUUCAUCAGACGACAUAGGUUCUGUUCGUGUUGAGGGGCCAGACACAAUGCAUUGUUUUGAUAAGUUGCAGAAGGGGGAGCUGAAUACUGAACAAUAUGAUGCUGCUAUUAAAAUUGAAGGACAAGUGGAUAAAAUAUAUCUAAACACUCCAACAAAAAUUGCAAUCAUUGAUCAUGAAAGCAAUAGGACAUAUGUGAUGAAUAAGGGUGGACUUCCUGAUGCAGUGUUGUGGAAUCCUUGGGACAAGAAGGUAAAGAAAAUCUCGAACCUUGGAGAUAAUGAAUAUCAGAAGAUGUUGUGUGUGGGAGCUGCUGCUGUGGAAAAACCCAUCACUUUGAAAGCCGGUGCGAAAUGGAAAGGAUGGCAGGAACUGCAUAUUGAGAAUUCAAGCUAUAACAGCGGAGAGCUUGACCCUCAGGGCAGCUGAAACAUGUUUGUGCUGGCUGGCUUAUAUCAUUGCAUGUCCAGCUGCUCUGCUGGCUGCUGCAAUUUAUGUUGCGAAGCUAAGGGAAUACAAUUGCAAUCUAUUGUUU